AUGAUCAUACUCAUCGGCAAAGUGUCGCUGGGGAUUCAAGGUUCCAUCAAAUUCUGGAAGUCGAGUGAUGCGAAGGUGUUGCCUGCAGCGGACGUGACUGGCAGAAUCACGGGCUAUGUUGAAAUCAACAUUCUUUCGAUUUUGAAGGCUUCUGCCUAUGUCGGGUUCACUGCGAGAUUCUUCAACUUGGGGCCAAGCUUUAGUGGUUCCGAUGCCGAUGACGACGAGUUUGAGGUGACCGGGCGAGCGGAGUUCACCGCCACGGUGUGCUGGUUCUUCAAGAUCAAGUUCUCCACUAAGAUCGAUCUGGUGAAACGGCGAGCGCUGUGGGACAAGAGUCCCAACGAGAUGAGCUCCGGUCACCAGGAUGCUUUGAAGGGUUGCUCGCUUGUGAGCACCCAUGACCGGAAAUGCCCAGGAUCCCAGAUUCGCAUCACCGGCUUUGCACCCUGGAACGGGAAGUACGGCUCGGAUCACAUCUCAAACAGGGACACCGUCCAGUACUACAACCAGGAGAUCUUUGACAAGCGGGAUGGCUCGAAGGUCUACAGGUCCACGACUUUGGAAACGGCCGUGAGCUGGGACUGCGAGAGUUCCCGGGGCUCCCUUCGGCGCCGCCGGAAUAUGAUGGGCUUUCGGAGGCGCAGGGGCGCCAAGGGGAACCGCGUGGUGAUGCUGGGCGACACGAGCAAAACGAAGGUGGGGUUCUCCGUCUACGAAUGCCCAACGUAA